CCGGCAGUCCCGACUGUACUUUUUCUUGGCUGGGAAGUUGAUGCUGGAGGAGGAAAGGGGGUUAAGCGAGAGUGUCGCCUGGUUUGGUGUUUUGUUUUGUUUUGUGUUUUUUUUUUCUCCCAACCAGCUCCCCCCUCCCCUCCCCAUAUACUCUAAUAUCUGUACAGCAGCUUAACUAGAGAUCUACUCCUUAUUUUUUUAUUGCUUGUUCGCUCGCUCGCUGGUUUGCUUUCCCCUUCAUUGAACCGUGGUGCUCGUAGGAUGUCCAAGAAUGUCAAUUUCUGGAACUCUUAGCAAUUACUAUGUCGACUCCAUUAUAAGCCAUGACAACGAAGACUCUCCCGCCGCUAAAUUCUCUUCCGGGCAGUACUCAAACUCCAGGCAAACUACCCACACUGAACACCUCGAGUUCCCCUCUUGUAGUUUCCAGCCCAAAUCCUCCGUUUUCAGCGCUUCCUGGACGCCUCUGCCGCCACACACUGCUGCUACCCUUCCUUCGGUCUACCAUCCCUACCUCCAGCAUCAAAACAUCCCUACCUCAGAAAGCAGGUAUCUACGAAGCUGGCUGGACCCAGUGCCCAGAACAGAAAACAUAGCAGCCGGGCAGGGACCAGUUAAAACAGAACCGCUGCUGGGACACCCCGGGGAGAUCCGUAAACAGGGGACACAGGAGUACCACUUAGACCCUUCUGCUGGAAGGGAAGGGAUCGCUUCCAGUCAAAGGCCCAGCUUCGAGGACAAUAAAGUUUGUGAAGGAAGCGAGGACAAAAGCAGGCCAGAUCAAAGUAAUCCAGCAGCCAACUGGUUACAUGCUCGUUCCUCCAGGAAGAAAAGAUGCCCCUAUACAAAGUACCAGACCCUGGAACUGGAGAAAGAAUUUCUGUUCAACAUGUACCUCACCAGGGACCGUAGACAUGAAGUGGCCAGGCUUCUGAACCUGAGUGAAAGACAAGUCAAAAUCUGGUUUCAGAAUCGCAGGAUGAAAAUGAAGAAAAUGAAUAAGGAACAGGGAAAAGAGUGAAACCUCCUCCUCCUCCUCCUCCUCCUCCUCCUCCUCCUCCUCCUCCUCCUCCUCCUCCUCCUCCUCCUCCUCCUCCUUCUUCCCCCUUUCUCUGUUCUACCCUAAUUUUCAUCCCUCCUAAACUUAGAUGGUUUUUGAUGGCCAAUGACUUCCUUCUCAGCUGUGUUUGAGGUGACUUCAGAAGCAAGCAAGCUAGAAAGAGGCCUCCUUUUGGGUGGCAGGCAAAGGAUUCAGAAGACUACACAUGCUUGUUUUCAUUUGAUAUCCUCCCCACUUUUAAAAUAUAUUUACUGACCACUUCAACAAGGAACAGUAAGGAGGGUGGGGGUGGGGGAAUGCUAUGCACAGAAAGGUAAUUGUUGACAGGCAAUACUCUGUAAGCAUAGCUACUUCCUUUUGUUUGUUAGACCUUCCCAAACUUGAAGUGUUCCAAACAGUGUGAGCUUCAAAUCCCCUCUCCCUUGCCAGAAUAAAUGAGAAUGGGGAGAGUUGUAAUUCAAGGCAUUAGAAAGGCAGUCAUUGCAGGAGGGUUGCUUUGAAUGCUAUUGAUUAAGCCAAGAAUAGGAAAGGAAAAGAAGGCUGACCUUAAACCUGCCAUCAGCUAAGGGCAUGUCCUCCCCCACCCAUCCCAGGCUGGAACUGGAUUGAUCCAGAAUCAACAACUGUACUGAUGCCCAAGUGAACCCCAAUUCAACCUCCAUACCACAUUCUUUUUCUUAAGGCAGAUAAGAUCUCUCCCCUCUAUUCAUAGAGUACAAGGAAGAAAACUCCAGGAAAACCAUUUAUGAACCAUGAACUUUUUGAGGGCUUGCAUUCAGAAGGCAUGUCCUUUCCUCCCUUAGCCUGUUGGAUGAGCAGCUUUUAGAAAGAAAAACAAAAAAUAGGUUAAUCAGAACAUUGCCCCAAGCAAUGCCCAAAGCAAACUUUCACCAGCAUCUGGGGGAAAACCACAUUCCCUAAUUUGCUUAUUCCUUUCCUUCUCUUUAUUUGGUGUUGGAUAACUUUCCAGUUUGCUCACAUUUCUCCACUAAGACAUUUUUAAGGAGAUAAGGAGGGUCAGAGAGCAAAAGCCUUUUGAGCUGCAUGUGAAGCUAGAUACCUAAAUUUGUAAAAGCAGGGGACUCUUUGCUUUUGGUAACUAUAAUUUACUAAAGAAAAGAGUUACAGGUAUCCAGAAGAGCACUCAAGUACCAAGUAGAGGAUCUCUGAGUCAACCCUCACUUAUCCAGUUUCACAGAGAAGUUUUAAUACUUGAAUGUUGUAGGAUCCACCUCUUUUCCUUGUCUUGGAGGAUAUAACCACAUUUCACAUUUAUUCCAAGGCAAACACAGAGUGACCCAAAAGGAUAGUUGAUUGCUUUUAAGAUAGAAAUUGCUUUCUUUGAUUUUAAAUACUUUUUAAUAUCUCCUUUGUUUACAAACAGAAAAACAGUCCCAUUAGAUAAAAAGGGGGUUCCAUGUCUUUGGUAGCCCCAUUCUUCACUUUUAAAUAAUCAGACUUGGGAUUUUGUUUCUUUUAAGAUUAUUGAAGUGCAACCCCACCUUUUGGAGAGCUUGGAUGGAGGGAGUUCAGGGAGGGGGGUUAGGUAAGUUACUUUAGUGCAAGGCGCUUAUAUGGUGUGGGAGGGCUGUCGUUUCUGUAGGGAGAACUGUUCGUGAAUGUGCUCUUGUGAAGCUUCCUCUUGUUUUCUGUGGCUUAUAAGAAUGUAAAAUGGGGCUUAAGCCAUUUUAAGCUUUUAAACAGUUGCAGAACCAGACAAGACUCUACAUUUCUAAACUGAUUUCCACUGCUAUUAUGCACUCCCACUUUUUAAAUAUAACCCCAUUCUAAGGUGAGAAAUUUUCAUAACAUAAUAGGGGAGAGGAAGGGGGGGAAAGGGGGAAAUACUUGCCUAAAUGUAAGGCUCUUUCUCUUUGUAGACAGGAGUCCCAGAAGAAAAAUCUAAUUUCAUAGAGUGAUGUACAGAAUUUUUCUACCAUUGUUUUUGUCUGCCGUCAUUUUUUCAAAAUUUGAUAGGCAGAUUUUAACUUUACAUUUCAAAUAGCAUUGCCUGGUUUGAAGGAUUUUCUGAAAUGGCAAGCAAAUAAAUCUUUUACUCCAGCACGUUUUUUAAUAAUAUUUUAACAGGUUUUUGAAAAAUUGCUUCCUGGGGAAGGGAUGGGGUGGGGAAACAAAAACUUGAAAUGCCCACAUCCUAGACAAGUUGUCUUGGAUCAGGAGAGAAGGAUUGCUGGGCAAAUCCUCUACAAAGCAAACAAAUUGUUGCCGUGGGAGAAAAAUAUAGGACAUAACCUAGGCUUAAAUUCUGCUAGCUUCAUACAGUUUUCAAAACCAAUUUUAUAUUGAGUUUUAAAGAAAAAAGUCGGAGCUUCUGCGUUUAUUUGUUUAAUUUCUCCUAAUAAAAAGAAAGCUGGAAGUAUUGUUUGGUUUUUAGAUAGCACUGCCAGCAUUAGAGCGUAUUGCACCAGCUAGGAUAUGGGAGAAUUUGGAGUGGUUUGGUGGUUUAUCCAUGGCAUUUAUUUGCCUCCAAAAGCUGACCACACACCCCGAGCAUUGCAGAAAAACUGCUCUGAAAUUCUCUCCAGAUUAAUACAAACAUUUUGUAAAGAAAAACAUUUUCCACACAUGUUAUUAGCAUAUUAACUGAUUUUAGACAUAGACACGUUCCUAGACCUUAUUAGUGAAGACAAGAGAUGUUUUUGAAAGCUGCAUUUUUGGUAAUGCAUGGAUUAAUAAGAGAAACUAGUUGAUUUCAUUAGAAAAAAGUCUCUCUGUAGAGGAAAAAUGUUGAAAAAAUAUUGUUUCUUCAGUUCUAUAAGGUCAAAAUGUAUUUUCUACAGUUGUUUAAUCCACAGAAUAAAAAUCGAUUUAAAGGGGACCUUGACCUAUAUCUCAUUGUGUUAUACUUCUUCUAAAACUGCAGAAAUAUUUGCACUUGUGUUUGUUUUUCUUUAGUGGUUCUUUAGCGUGUAUUAUAAAGAUAUUUUAGGUUUGAUUUGGUUUGUUGGAGAGUCUCUCCUUUGUCCUUAGAAAAAACUCAUUCUCUGUGUAUUUUUAUUUCUUUCCCUGUGAAGUCGGCUCCAUCUCUGAAUCUCUU